AUGGCAGGUCUUGGAGAGUUAGAGCGGGCCAAACGGAGGCGCCUCCAGGAGGCUUACUCAGACCUGAGACCUGUCGACAAGGGCAUUGACGACCGACAGGCAAAGCUCAGGAGUCUCCUGCUUGGAGCUGCUGCAGAUGCAGGGCUAGCUGCUGCCGACGGCAUUGGAAGCGGACCGCAGGCAGUCAGGGCGUUGGCCGCGACCGCUGCUGCCUCCAUUACAGCCGUGGAAAGCCCCUUGGGGAGGGGCAACAGCUCCCCUGGACUGGCCAAGACAGUUCCUGGAAGCGCCCGGCGCUGGGCCGCUACUACCAGCCCGCGAGACAGCGCUACCACCGCCGCCGCCGCCGCCGCCACCUGCCCGCCCGCUAUGGCCGCUUCCUACGGUCAAGCCUACGGCACAGCUGCUGCUCAUUCCUUGGCGGGCACCGGCGGUACGGGCAGUGACCGGCGGCGCGGAUGCCCCGACGGUGGCGCCGCCGCGGCCAGGGCGCCACCGCCAGGGCCCAUGGACGGCGGUUUCCUCCGAGAUUCCGACCCGAUCCAGCGGCUUAGCCGCCUGAGGUUGCCGCUAGCUGGCGGCGGCGGCGCUGCCGAGGCGGCUAUGCAGUCCAAUCUAGCCGUCGGGCUCGGCCGUAGCGGAGGCGGCGCGGCUGUUGCUGCGGUGGCCCAGCGGUACGUCGACUACAACAGUGGUGAUGAUGACGACGAAGUUGAUGUGGACGUGCCAAGCGAUGUGGAGCUCGCAUUGGUCGCAAUCAAGUCUGAUCUGCGGUCGCAUUCGGCAAGCGCUGAUCUGCCUCCCAUAGUGCUCCGAAGCCAGUUGUCCUGCCUGCUAACUGACCGGUCGACGGUUGAACGACAGUUGGACGAGCAACGGCGUUCCAACCGCGUGCGGGUCUUCAAACUACCGACGGGCAGUUGCCGCUGGCAUGCUGCCACGGAGGUGUUUAUUCACCGAGUCGUUGACCGUUGUACGGAAUUCGAACUGUCUCGUGAUCAUAUGAUGCACCUGAUGCGGACCGCGCCGCCGCAGCCUCGGCACCAACGGCAGCACCAGGAGCGGCCGCAGCAGUCAGCUCGUCCCGUGGGGCAGCAGCAUGGCAUGGAGCUUUCCCAGGAAGCAGUAGCAGCUGCUACUUCUAGAGCUGCUAGUGCUGCUGCUAGUGUUACAACGAAUACCGCUUCCGUUGCCGCGAUAUCGGUGUCCCGAGUCCCAUUAACGCAAACUCUUGAAGCCGAAGCAGCCCUAGAUGAGCAGAUUAGCCUGCUCCUGCACUUGGGCUGUCUAGCAAGGCACACCGACGGCGACGCGGACGCCUUCAUGCUGGCGGUACCUGGAGCUGGGCGGCUCGUGAAGGCGGUGCUGGGAGCCCGCAGGGAGCUGCUCGCGUGGCUCGCCAAGAGGCAGCACGGGGAGGCGCCUGAGGAGCAGGUGGCCCUGGCGCAAUUCGCACCCCCCUUUUUCUUUCGCCGCCAGGUUCCCCCUACACCCUUCCCUUAG